AGCGAAGUAACUCAACUUAACGUUAAUUAGCCCUCAUUUGCAUUAUUAUAUUCUUUUCAUAGUUAGCUUGAUAACAGCUUUAUCCGUGUUGGAGGUAUUGUUCGACAGUCACAGCUGUCUACGGUUGUUUUCCUUUUAUAUUUACGUUUAACAACGUUUUGACAGAUCAGCUUUAAUCAUCAUUUCUAGCAAAAACAACAUAUUAUGUUGUGAAUCAUUUUGUGUUAACCAUGACGGCGCUUUUUCCUCACAUACAAUGCGUUUAAAAUACAUCUGAAAAACAGCUACAACCGUUUAGCUAACUAGCUUUUAGCUAAUAGUAACUUAAUAUGUGAAGGCAGCCGAGGUGUUCAAGUUACUAUGGCAACCUGGGUCGUCAGUGCGGUAAUUGAAGGUGAGUGCGCUGGGAUGUUAGACAACAGUUUAAGUGCAUUUAGGACUUGGACCGUACACACUGUUGUAGCUGAACACCAGUAAACCAGCCGUGAACGAACCUUAAGAUAUGGACAACUGUGAUUUGGAGAAGCUCUGCGUCUCUGUUGGGAAGCUCCGUCCGACGUUCACACCAGGAGUCACAGACUACAACGUGACAGUGGAGAGCAAUGUCAACAAAGUGACUCUGGACCUGAUCACUAGUGACUGUGGAGCUUCAUACAGUAUUCUGUUUGGGGACGGCUCCAGCACCAUUAAACUGAACCAUGGGAUAAACAAAGUAGAAAUCGAGGUGGUAGCAGAGGAUGGCACCGUGAAGAAAUACUGUGUGGAGAUCACCAGGUUGUCUGCAAAGGUUGCAGAACUCAGUAAUCUCGCUUUGGAAGGAGAGAUUCCACUUUAUCCUGCAUUUUGUACCAACAUUUAUGAAUACAACAGUAUCGUUCCCUUUCAUUGCAAUGCUGUGACCCUGCUUCCCAAGGUGCCUGACAAACACAUUAAAGUUACAGUGAAUGGGGAAGACAGCUCACAGGCAGUCCGUCUGAAUUUUGGAGACAUUGUGGUGGAGAUCUCAGUCUGUUCAGCAGAUGGCAGUAAUUCACAGGUGUACACAGUGUUGGUGACUCGAGAGCUCAUUCCUAUGGCUGUGACCUUCACCGAUGGGAAACAGCAGCUGGACUAUGAAUGUCCAGUAUCUCUGACUGCUUUUUAUAGACCUGUAUCUAUCAACCACAGUGACCCAAAGCACAUCUUCUCAAGGCCUUAUAUUGAGAUGCUGGCACGAAGAUCAAAGGUCGACCCACUUAGUGAUUAUCCUCUGGGAGACGGCUGGAAAGUUGUUGAACUGGACCUUGACAGGAAGAUGUCGGCUGCUCUGGUCAAGUGUUUCUUCGCUUACAGAGGAUGUGACAGUGUCAUGAAACUUUCUGAGCUGGGGUCACACACUCUGGACUGUCCACACAAGCCCACAGGGGACCUGGAUGCAAAGGAAGUCACAGAGACAAAUUGGUAUAAGAAGCACUUUGCAUCAUCCAGUUGUUUGGAGAUAGAGACUAAACACAGUUUGGAGGUGCGUAACUGGGAGAAAAGACUACAAAUGACAGCAGGAGAAGACAGCGUGGAUAAACUAUGUGCUUUGGCCGAGGAUCACCUGAAACUCUACCGGCAACACCUGCCAAAACCAGGAGACAUGUUGCAGUAUGAGGACGGCCAGUCUCCUCUGCAUAACCUGGAGCAGGCUGCUGUUCACUAUGCGUCAGCUAUCAGACUCAGCUCCAGAGAUGCCAGACUCCAUUUCCUUCUGGGCGUCGUUCUGGAGGAGCAACACUAUGCUUCAGAGAUGUAUGGCCUACAGAGGAAGGCAGACAGAGACAGAGAUGAAUUAAGCGAUGCCAAAUCAACAGCACGUCAGGAUGACAUCCUGGCUGUGUGCAGGCUCCAUGGUUUCCUUGGUACGCCCACGGUGCAGAACCAGCUGCAGGCCUUGGACAAAGAGUAUCAGCAGCUCAAAGAGCAGGGACAGUCCAGCAAGGCAGACUAUGUCCAGACACUCUACAUCUGGCUCUCCAAGAAAACUGGCAAGGAUAGCCGUGCAGCGGUGCGGGAUGAAGAGAGCUGUGUCAACCGGGCCCUGACAAAGUACCUGGAUGCCUGGUCUCUGAGUCCUGACAGCUGGGAGUACAACCUCCAAGUAGGAAGGCUACUGCUGCUUCAGGGAAGGAGCAAGGAAGCCCUGCAGCACCUCCAGAGUGGCCUGGCACUGCGGCCUCUUCAUCCUGCACUCAGAUUCUUUACAGGGCUGGCUCUGCUGCAGCAGGAACAGAAAGCCUCCGAGGACACAGAGAAGGAGGCUGCUCUGUUCUUACAACAGGGACUGGAGCACUUUGUCAGCCAGCGCUGUAGCAAAAGCUGGGUGGAACAGGAUCCAUCAGACCCUUUGUCCAGCUUCAGCACACAAUUCCUGCGAGGCCUUCUUACUCUGGGCCAGCUCCAGCAGAGAGACACCCUGUCUGAGAAGGCCAUGAGUGCGGAACAGGUCUAUCACACCGUAGCAGUGCUGACUGCCCAGAGUGUGAGUCAGUGUGUGUGUCGUGGUGAGGCGAGCGGGCAGCUGGAGUGGGUGCUCCUGGAUGCUCAAUUUGCCCUGCUGCAGAGGCUGAUCCAGCAGGGUGAGCGCCAGGCCAAGUCGGACAUGGAGAGACAGUCCCUGGUUGCAAAAAGAUGCCAGGCCCUCACAGCUCUCAUACGUCUUACCUCUAUUGCCCCCUGUCAGGAACUGCUGGACAUGCAGGAGCGGGCCUGCCAGCUAGCAGUAGUGACCACACCGCGGGACAGCCACGCCCUGUGUCUUCUGGGUCUGGCACAGCUGGCUCAAUAUGACAACAACCCAAAUGCAAACAGGUCAAAGGAAUCCAUAAAUGAUGCCUGCCUCAGCUUUCAGGCCAGCAUUGAGCUGGAACAGAAGACUCAGAGCGGAGAGCCGCUUGAACAGCUGAGAAAACAAAAGUGGUGGCAGGACCGCCAGGAGACUGAAAACGAGAAAGCUGCCAAGCUGUCCAUCACCCAGCCAGCAGGAGUGAAGGGGCCUUCUGACACCAGUGUGGCCAAGAGAGGAGCUAAGCGAGGCAGGGGAGGGCCUGUUCAAGGGCGGGUGGCAGCCGCUGUAACCAAAGCUCCUGCUCCAACGCCCCCAGCCCCCAUCAGGGGAGGGAAAGCUGUCCGGCCUACAGCCAAAACCCCUGCAGCCAGGGGGAGAGCUGAAGCAGCAGCCAAACCAGAUAAAUCAGCUAGACCUGCUAGCAACGGUACUAAACCUCAGCUACAAGCCAGCAAGUCGAAACAGGAGUGCUGCCCCGCUACUGUUGAGACAGCAGAGGAGCCUGCUGUGGCAGAAACAGCGACUGCGUUCAGCCCGAUAAACCGCAGUUGUCAUAUCUCACGGCUGGGUCUGGCCCGCGCCCUCUCCCGCUCUGCAGACACCCAGGACCAGGCAAAGCAGCUCUACCAAGAGGUCAUCUCCAUGGCACCAAGGGUCCACGAUGCCUACAUUGAGCUUGUGCAGCUGCUGGAACCCUCAGACCCUCAGGCUGCAGUGGAGGUGUACUGCAGAUUCCCCCUGAAGCCUGUGGCCGAGCAAAGCUUCGAUGAUGCCUUCAUCACCGGAGAGAUUGUUCGCAUGCUGAUGAUGCUGGAGCAGUACGACCACCCUCAGCUGGGCCCCAGCCUUGUAGCCUACGGCAAAGUCAUGGGCCUAAGUUGCAUAGACAAAUACAUCGACAUCUUGGAUGGAAAGUCCAUGACCAAGCUGCUGAUGAGUGUCUAUGCAAGGAUCCACGACAGACAGGAGGACGACCAGGAGCUUCAGGAUUUCUUCAAGUUCAAAUGCUGGAUAUGAUGCUUGUGACCUUCUAACAAAUCCCCUUAUUUAUCUUUUUGAAUCCUUAAGUGAGUCAGUGUGCAUGCUGUGUACCAAAAAGACACAUCUUUUGUCCUGAGCCGAUGAGAAACACUGUGUGUUCAUAGAUACAGAGAAACUGUUCUUUUUCUUUUCCUUCUUUUUUCUCCAAAGGCACAUUUAAUUUGAAAACAGAGUUCUUAAUAAAAAAUGACAUAUCAAAAGUGACAACCUUAACAAUCGACAAAACUGAAGUACAACACUGUUCACCAAUAGUGCAACAAAAAACAGGAGUUUCAAUGAGCGUCCUAUAACAAUGAAUACAGAAUGGAAACUGAUGAAGAAAUUAAAUCUUGAUCCCCAAAGUGUGAUUCCAAGCCAGAGGCUAGAUGACUCAUUUCUGCAUCCCAAUAGUCAUAAUAAUAAUAAUAAUAAUAAUAAUAAUAUGGGAAAUAAAUGUUACAGGGGUAUUUCUCUGCACUACAGGAUAACACUGGCUGCAGGGCUCAACCAAGCCCAUUCUUCAGGGAUAUCAUUUAAGGGAAACAGACAAAAUAACCUCAACAAAGCCAGUUCAUUUGAGUUAAAUCAUUUUCUGACAAGAUACGUCUACAGAUGCGUAUCAAAUGUACAAAAUCUAAACAGACAGUUGCCAAGACCUGCAAUGGGAAACUGUUGUCUUUUCACACAAUCCAGCCUCACAAUAGGUCAGUGACUAUUGCUGCGUCUCUGCAGUUGUGUCUCAUUUCGUAUCAGGCUGCAGAGAUCUGUAUCAUCCGUCUUUGUCCUGUUCUACUUUUUCACACCACGUUGAGUUUAGUGACAAUGAGCACGCGAACAGACUGAUCAAAGCCCGAACACACACACAGGCCUUGCUUGUCGGGGCUCCAGUCCAGGCUGGCGAUUGGCUGAGUGGACAGAGUGACGUUCUGUAAGAGGUUGACAGAGCCAGCUACGCCCACAUCCACGUCAUCUGAGUCCUUCUUGCUCCUCUGAGCGGGGUACUCACUGGAAAUUACAUCCAAAAAUAUUUGAUAGAUUAGUGUCUGGUAAAGCAGGAAAUCUGAUUCUUAUAAAGCCAUCAUGAUGAGUACUUGUGUUUCUUGAAAUGGGACAAUACACGGUGGAUUACUUACUACUUCCAUAAAUGAAGGUUGCCUGCUCCUCCUGCAGUCAUAAAGAUGUCUCUGUUUUGAGGCAAAUGCCUCACCUGCCAGAUGGUUGACUUAUGAGCCUAAAAAAAAGAAGAGAGAUCAUUUGCUUCCCGAAACAGUUCAGUUAGUAAUUUUAAAAUCAUUCCUGGCCCCUGUCAAGACAUGCAAAACUUUAAUCUGCUGAGGAUCAAAUAAUGUUGCCUUGCUGUCAUUUUAUCAAGAUUGUUGUCCAUUACACAUUUUUGACUUAAAACUAAACCCUGUUCAAAGUUACAUCAUUGAUGGAAUAGUCUGUAUACCUAGUAUGAUCUUUGCUAUCAGGUCUCUUUCCCCUGCCCCCACCCUCCCAAAUGCUGUGUCCACUGGCCAAACUGCAUUGUGAAAAGCCAUUACUUUGCCUUUACGUAUUUUGAAGUGGAAAAAUACCAUAAAUAUACAGCAACAUAUACAACUUAAAAUAUUCUAGCAAAAGCAGCAAUGGUGCCUUCAGAAUCCACUAGCCAGAUUUCCAUCUACAUGCUACUUGUUUUUAAAAUAUCUGGUGGAACCUUUUAAUUCAUGGUUGGAUACACUGAUGUGCCAACUGUUGAUCUCUCAGAAGAACAGGACAAAUAUUUAGAAAGCCGAGGCCUCUGAUCUCUCAGACUUAGCAAACACUCGGCGAGCAGGGCUACGACCUAAUGCCGAUUUAAGUGUGUUUUUCGAGCAUUUUCCCACAAAAAGCCACACUUCUCUCUGCUCACUGGCCGAGUGUCAUUUUUGGCCAGUGUCGCAAAGCCGCAGAGAAUGUUAGACAAACACGACCCCAAACACUUCCAGCUGUGAAUACGGUCAAAAACGACGUGUGCCCCCAUUUCCCUCUGUACCAUACAAAUGUUAAAGUAAUAAUAACGAUAACAAUCUUUUGACAUUUUUCCCAUACACAGGAGCCAAACACCCGUCUGGCUCUCUCCACCCAGGUCAAUUACCUUUUCGGAAACAGAGGCGAAGCCCUUGGUGAGGUGCUGGGUCCUCAUGUCAAAGACGUGGAAUUUUCCCUCCAGUGAGGUGGCCACUAGCUUGUUCAUGUUGAUGUCUUUCCUGUCAAACUCCACACAGCAUACCUGGUCAUGAUGUAAGAAAGAAUAACAGUCACUCCCAGGACAUGUAUCACAUGGCAUGAAUCUAUCGUAAAAGGAUUUUGUGUUGAAAUGGACAUAAUGACCCCUGGCUGGUUCCUCUACGUUGAUGAGGUGAUGACUGUGUAAUAAAAUCAGUGCAGUGCUUUGUAUAUGGCGUAUGAAGGGAACAUGCAUUCACCUCAGACUUCCCCUGUGGUUUUAUGUACAGUCUAAAUCUUGCUGGGAAGUAAUUUUCGGCUCUGUCCCUGUGUUUGUCUAUGUUAUGAUUCAAGUCCAGGUUGCAGUGCAAAAGAAACAAUGUAUGUUGUUUCAGUAAAUCCUAAUAAAAACAUCAAUUCUGAAAA